CUUACCGUAUUCUUUGCUCCUCCCCAAAGGUCUGCAGUCUCUAGUCAUCUCCUGUACUAUGUCCACAGUCUCUGGUCAUCUCCUGUACUAUGUCUGCAGUCUCUGGUCAUCUCCUGUACUGUGUCCGCAGUCUCUGGUCAUCUCCUGAACUAUGUCUGCAGUCUCUGGUCAUCUUCUGUAAUAUGUCCACAGUCUCUGGUCAUCUCUGUACUAUGUCUGCAGUCUCUGGUCAUCUCCUGUAGUAUGUCCGAAGCCUCUGGUCAUCUCCUGUGCUAUGUCCACAGUCUCUGGUCAUCUCCUGUACUAUGUCUGCAGCCUCUGGUCAUCUCAUGUAGUUUGUCUGCAGUCUCUGGUCAUCUCCUGUAGUAUGUCCGCAGUCUCUGGUCAUCUCCUGUACUCUGUCCGCAGUCUCUGGUGAUCUCCUGUACUAUGUCCGCAGACUCUGGUCAUCUCCUGUACUAUAUCCGCAGUCUCUGGUCAUCUCCUGUACUAUGUCCGCAGUCUCUGGUCAUCUCCUGUACUAUGUCCGUAGUCUCUGGUCAUCUCCAGUACUAUGUCCGCAGUCUCUGGUCAUCUUCUCCUGUACUAUGUCUGCAGUCUCUGGUCAUCUCCUG